AACAAGAUGGCGGCUCAGAGGUGGAGGCCGACAGCGACGGGAAGAGGAAGCACUGCUGUCCCGUUUGUAGUCGAGACUGCUUCAAGGCGUCGGCGCUGAAGAAGCACCUCAGGAUCCACUCCGGCGAGCGUCCGUUCCAGUGCUCCACCUGCAAGAAGAGCUUCACCCAGCAUGUCCACAUGACGGAGCACCGGAGGAUCCACACCGGGGAGAAACCCUACACCUGCACCGACUGCAAAAAGAGCUUCACCUUCUCGAGCGCCCUGCGGCGACACCAGCGAGUCCACACCGACGCCCGGCCCUUCACCUGCUCCGUCUGCCUCAAGACCUUCAAGCAGCAGAGCUCCCUAAAGAGCCACCAGCUGACACACUCGGGGGUCCGAUACCAGUGUCCGCUCUGCAGCAAGAGCUUCAGCCGCUCCCUGGAGCUCAGCUACCACGUGGACAUGCACUCAGACACGCGGCCGUACUUCUGCAACAUCUGCAAGAAGAACCUAAGCGGAGCACGGAUCUUCAGCAAGCACAUGAAGAAACACCAACUUCAUGGGGAACCUUCAGAACCAGAGGUCUCCGGGGGCAUACUGUGA